AUGGACAACCUCGCCUCGAUUCGUACAGACAUCUCUCUGACAGAGACAGAAGACUCUUGGGAGAAAAUAUGCAGGGGUAUCGUCUCAUUCUCAGAAUUCAUUCGCGCUUCAUCCACGAACGGCACUCACGAGAUCAUCACGAAAGCCCGCGAGCUGCAUAGACCUAUCAUCAAUGCUAUGAAGUCGGAAAGGACAAGGCUCUCUGGGCCAGCUAUUGAUCUUAUCUCUACUCUGGCGUCAGAACUGGGCACCGACUUUGAACCACUUCUUCAUCUCUUCUUUCCAACUCUACUUCUACUUUGCGCUCGUACGAGCAAAGUAGUUGUUGGUCGUGCACGCAGCUGUAUUCUGUGCAUCAUUGAGACAACUCAACUGGUCACAGUCAUUCCAUACUUCAUCCAAGCCAUCCGCGACAAAUCCGUCUCCCUUAGAACAGUCGCAGCAGAGAGCACACUGGCGUGUUUGAACUCUCUAAACCCGCCGGACUUGGAAAAAGAGGAAAGGACGAAGGAUAUAGAGGCCUUCAUUAAGAUGUCGGUCAGGGAUGCCAAUGCUGAAGUCCGGAAGAUUGGCAAGCAGAUAUAUCAAGCAUACGAGUUGUUGCUCCCAAACAAGGCAGAAAGGUUCGUUGGAAUUUGUACUCUAGAGAUGCUUCGAUUUCUUAUCAUGCCUACCUAG